AUGGCGCAGACCAUGCGUCGACGCAGGCACUCUAACGGUGGCGCGCUCUUCCACAUCCCAUACGAGGACGUCUACGCCGGCAUGUCGCCGGCGCUGCGACCGUUGUUCGUCACCUUUCUCAUCCUCAUUCUCAUGCUCCUCUUCUGCUCCAUCUCUAUCACAGCCUCCGACUUCUUUUGUCCCAACCUCGCCACCAUUGCAGAUUACCUUGGCCUUUCCGAGACGACUGCUGGUGUCACCCUCUUGGCAUUUGGAAACGGCAGCCCGGAUGUGUUCUCCACGUUCGUUAGCGUGAGAGAAGGCACGUUUGGCCUCGCCGUCGGCGAGCUCAUCGGAGCGGCGUCAUUCAUUACGUCCAUUGUCGUCGGGUCCAUUGCCAUGGUUCAGCCCUUCCAUGUGCCCCGCUUCGCCUUUGUGCGCGACAUUGCCUUCUUCACCAUUGCCGUGCUCCUCCUCAUGCUGGUCCUUGAGGACGGCAAGUUGACCCUCCGGGAAUCCGGCGCAAUGGUGGCGCUGUACGCCUGCUAUGUGGGUGUUGUCGUCCUUCACAACUGGUAUUCGUCGCGCAAGCGACGUGCCGCUGAAUAUGCCGAGUUAGGAUGGAAAGUCGGAGACGAGGAGGUCGAGGUCGAGACCGAGCCCGCUCCACCUGUGCCCGCUCCAGCAACCGUCGUCGAGUCUUUGGUCCAGCUCCAGCCGUCGACGCCGAUCACCCCAAAAGUACGCUUCCCGCGACGCUUGAGUUCGGCUUCGGUGGUUCGUGCGGCCGAGUCUGAUGAAGAGACAGCCGCCGACACCCAGCGUGCCGGUUUCUCCCUCCUUGGCGCCGUCGAGUUCCGCGAUGUUGUCAACUCGCUGAGACGUGAUCCAAUGACCUCGCCUACCUCGUCGCGCGGUGGCUCGAGGCCAUCCAGCCCGCUUCCAUCCCCGCUCGUUGAACACCACCACCACGACUUUUCUCAUCAGCUCCGUCAUCACCGUCGAUCCUCGUCGCAGGGCAUCCAGGUGAUUGAGGACUCGCUUUCGCGACGGAGCAGCGGACCAGGCCGGCAACGCAGUGGGUCACUCCACCCAGCAUCAGCGACACGACCACCACCCCGGUUACGCACUGUGUCGGACUCUGAGAGGUUGGCAGCAGUGCCUGCCUCCCCCGAGCCUGGCCCUGAAAACAACUCGCUACCAAUGUCACCGCUCCCUCGUCGUGCCGAAUCCCAGCCGGAGGUCGACAAGGCCACGCUCCGUGUGGUGAUUCCGCCUUUGGAGUUGAGUGAUGGCGGUUUAUCAGCUUCGCCGUCUUCUUUUGACGCGUCUCGACCUCCGUCUGGUGUCGCUUCCCCACUUCCGCCGCAUAUCUCGGUGGUUGACCCAGAAGGAGACAUGGGUUCCCCUAUCGUCCCAUUGACGAGGACGAACACAGAGGCGACCAUCGGACAACACGUCAGUGGAAUCGUCCAUCGCGUCCUCCAUGUCUUGUUCCCGUCCCUCCAGGGCUUCAAGCACAAGAGUGUCCUGGGCAUGGCUCUUGCCAUCCUUUCUGCUCCGUCCAUCUUCUUCCUUACACUCACCCUGCCCGUGGUGGACGAUGGACGAGGAGACGAGGGCGGCGUCGCGCUCCCCGGUGGCGAGGAUGACGCGUUUGAUACCGCCAGUGUCGAUUCGCGACGCUCGAGUGUGGACCACUCUGAAAUCGGCGAAGCCCUCCACCACCAUUUGGUAGACGGGCACAACCUGCGCCCCAGGCAUGCCCACUUUGAGUCGUCCACUAUCGUGCGAUCCGGCUCGCCUUGCCCCUCCUCCGAGUAUGAUGUCCAGUCAAACGUGUCCGACUGCGACGUUCUCGACUUCAACCCGGCCCUUGCGGCCGCGCAGUGUGUGUUCGGCCCCGUGUUGUGCUGUUACCUCGUGUUUCAAGAGGACGAUCACCUCCCUUGGAUCCUGCUUGGCGCUACCAUCUUGGGUUCAAUGGCCGCUGUGUGUGUGUGGUUGCUGGCAAGUGACGGCACGGCGCAACCUUGGCGCCUCGUUCGCUGCUGCUGCGGUUUCGUGUGCUCCAUGGUGUGGAUCGCGAGCAUUGCCGACGAGGUCGUCGACGUGUUGCGCACGUUUGGGGAGAUUUUCGGCCUCAGCGACGCGAUUAUUGGUCUGACAAUCUUUGCCGUGGGUAACAGCCUCGCCGACCUGGUCGCCAACAUCACCAUCGCCCAGUUUGCCCCCAACAUGGCGUACGCAGCGUGCUUUGGCGGCCCCAUGCUCAACCUUCUCCUCGGCGUCGGUGGCUCGGGCACGUACUCGAUCAUCACGUCCCCUUCGCAUUCGCCAGUUACCCUCCACUUUUCGCCCACGCUGUGGGUGAGCGGGACCGGUCUCCUCCUCGUCCUCGCCACCACAGCCGUGGCUGUGCCACUCAACCGCUUCCUCAUCGACAGGCGGUGGGCACUCGUCCUUCUCAUCGCCUACGCCAUCCUCAUGACAGUAAACGUCGUCGUCGAGGUGCAGUCCGAGGGCCGCUAG